GUGUGUCCGUCUGCCGAUUUCAUCUCUCACACGCUUUUCUUCCUCAUCAUCCUGGGUCUUCAUCCCGAGCGCAUCUUCCUCCGUUUGACGAUCGGCAAUGCCUUCAGAAAACCCAACUGUAUGGACUCACUCUCCAAUGAGACACCAGUAAAAUAACAAAUCCAGAACCACCAUCAUCUCCAGCAACAGAAUAUGGAGGAUUUGCCUUCCUGACGUGCCACGAUGCAUGAACACCCGCUCUGUGUUGACGUCCCGGCGUAGACACUGUGUGUUUUUAUUUAUUUAUUUAUUUUUCAUCUGGACGCUCCUCUUUUGAAGCCCCUUUUAAUCCUCAGACUGACCAUGGCUGCGUGUCGGUGGUGACCGGAGCUCGGCGGCAGAAAUGCGUCCAUGGACGGGCUCGUGGCGCUGGAUUGCGCUGAUCCUCCUGGCCUGGGGGACGCUGCUCUUUUAUAUUGGUGGUCAUUUGGUGAAAGACAGCGAACAUGCGCCGAGAUCCAGCCGUGAGCUUGCCAAGAUCCUCACUAAACUGGAGAGACUGAAGCAGCAGAAUGAAGACCUGCGUCGCAUGGCUCAGUCGUUACGGAUACCGGAAGGACAGUCAGACGGGCCGAUAUCUUCAGGAAGACUGCGGUCUCUGGAGGAACAGCUAAGCCGAGCCAAGCAAAAGAUCCAGAGUUUCCAGAGAUUAUCUGGAGAAGGUCCUGGUCGCGAACAGGAGGAGCUGAGGAGGAAGGUGGAGAACGGAGUGAGAGAGCUGUGGUAUUUCAUCCACAGUGAGAUCCAGAAACUGAGUCACGUCAACCCCACUGACAGACAGAAACAGACUGAUGCGUUACUGCAGGACCUGGGUCAUCAGCAGAGAGCGAUCAUGACGGAUCUGCAUGAGCUGGGUCAGGCUGAUGGAGCAGGCGAAUGGAGAGAUAAAGAGGCCAGAGAUCUGUCCAUCCUCGUGCAGAACAGAAUCUCCUUCCUGCAGAACCCGCAGGACUGCAGUAAAGCUCGUAAGCUGGUCUGCAACAUCAACAAGGGCUGUGGAUACGGCUGUCAGCUCCAUCAUGUAGUUUACUGCUUCAUGAUCGCUUACGGGACACAGAGAGUCCUGAUCCUGGAGUCCCACAACUGGCGCUACGCUCCCAAAGGCUGGGAGACGGUUUUCAGAGCCGUCAGCGAAACCUGCACCGACCGAUCCGGAGCCACAACCGGCCACUGGUCAGGAGAGGCUCAUGACCGGGACGUCCAGGUUGUGGAGCUGCCCAUCGUGGACAGUCUUCACCCCAGACCCCCAUACCUGCCGCUGGCCGUUCCAGAAGACCUGGCUCCUCGUCUGCAGCGUCUUCACGGAGACCCGUCCGUCUGGUGGGUUUCACAGUUCGUCAAGUUCCUGGUGCGUCCGCAGGCCUGGCUGGAGAAGGAGAUCCAGGAGACCUGCCUCAAACUGGGCUUCAAACACCCCAUCAUCGGUGUUCACGUGAGGCGGACAGAUAAAGUUGGGACGGAGGCAGCGUUUCACCCCAUCGAGGAGUACAUGGUGCAUGUGGAGGAGCAGUUCCAAUACAUGGCUCAGCGCGGUCAUGUGGAUAAAAAACGAGUGUAUUUGGCCACCGACGACCCCGCGCUGUUACAAGAAGCAAAAACCAAGUACACUGAUUACGAGUUCAUCAGUGAUAACUCCAUCUCCUGGUCGGCCAGCUUACACAACAGAUACACAGAGAACUCACUCAGAGGCGUCAUUCUGGAUAUCCACUUCCUGUCCCAAACUGACUUCUUGGUCUGCACUUUCUCCUCACAGGUUUGUCGUGUGGCCUAUGAGAUGAUGCAGACCCUCCAUCCGGACGCCUCCUCUUUUUUCCGCUCUUUGGACGACAUUUAUUACUUCGGUGGACAAAACGCACACAACCAGAUUGCCAUUUAUCCGCACCAACCGCGUACAGCCGAAGAUAUCCCGCUGGAUCCUGGAGACGUUAUCGGGGUGGCUGGAAACCACUGGGACGGAAACUCUAAAGGGAUCAACCGCAAACUGGGACGCACCGGCCUCUAUCCGUCCUAUAAAGUCAAGGAGAAGAUCGAGACGGUGAAAUAUCCCAUUUAUCCUGAAGCAGACAAGAUGCUGAGCUCAUAAUGAGAAUAAUAAUGAGAGAUUAAUCAGGAUCGACUGACCUUAAGGAGGAUCAGGUGCAACUUUCAGUAUGAUCUGACUGAGGCUUGUAUUAAUAGGAUCUCAUUGGCUGCUGUGGAAAUCCUUUGAAACGGCAACUGAAGCAAAUGAUACGUUUUUUAAAUUAUUAUUAUUUAAUUUUUUUAAAUCUUCUCUUGCCUUCUUUCUCUGUCCUUAAAUUGGAGUCGAUCUUGCAGAAGCCUGAAGGAACAUGUUCAGGUCAUAUUUCACUCCCAAAAAAGAAAAGAAAUUGUACAGUGAUAGAAAUUAAGGCAAUUUUGGUGGGCCCCCUAAGUGAAUAAUGGGAGAGGAGGAGGGGAGUGUCGUGGACAUAA